UAUGCGAGGCGGAUCAAAUGGCCGGUCGCUUUAGAACCUCGAAAUAUCGCAACGCUGUCGCAGUUGCUCCGCGUGAGAACAUUCUCUCAGACAUAAAAGUCGCCUCGCCAAACUGCUACAGCAAUCUGGUUGCCACCAGCUGCAAGUUCAAAGCAUUUCCAUGGAAUUCGAGUGGUGGAUGUCUCGGUGUAUUUCCGUUGUUUCAGUUUGGUAGGUUGGAGUCGGAAGUGCGGUUGCUUCAAGCUCAUUCAGGGAUUAUCACCGACUUUCAGUUUUCACCGUUUGAUGAUUGCUUGCUUGCAACUGGAUCUGAGGAUCUCAGCGUUCGUUUGUGGCGUAUUCCUCCUGAGGGUUUGACAGAAAAUCUCUCUACACCCGAAACAAGUCUGAAGGGCCACGAAAAACGAGUCGAAGGAGUUCUAUUUCAUCCAACAGCCAAUGAUGUGUUGACAUCAUCGAGUGGUAAUACAGUGAGAGUAUGGGACAUCCAAAGCAGCACAGAAAAAUUAUUGCUUUCUCCUCAUCAAGAUGUAGUGCAGAGCAUGUCGUGGCGAGGAGACGGAACAACACUUGCAACAGCAUCCAAAGAUAAGAAGAUCCGACUGUUAGACCCUCGUGCAGACUGUUGUGUUGCAGAAGCAGAUGGGCAUCUUGGUGUGAAAGAGUCUAAAGUGUUGUUUCUAGGUGAUACAAACUACGUCAUCACUACAGGCUUUUCUAAGUCAAGAGAGCGUCAGUUUGCUUUGUGGGAUGUGAGGGAGUUUUCAAAACCGCUUACGUGUCCUGGAUUGGACUCUUCUACUGGACCUCUCAUCCCAUUAUACGACGAAGAUACACGGAUGUUGUUCCUCGCUGGCAAGGCCGAAUCAAACAUUCGAUAUCUUGACCUCACUGACCUGGAAAAAUCUCCUCACUACGUCGAAGCGAGUGUGUUUAGAGUGUCGGAGCAGACGAAGGGAGUCGCUCUGCAACCGAAACGUUCGCUUGCUGUGAUGGGAUGUGAGGUUGUGAGGAUACUGCAGCUCGCGCAGCAUUCGUUGUAUUCGGUUAGUUAUCAUGUAAAGAGAAAGAGCUAUCGUGAGUUCCACGAAGACUUAUAUCCUGACACUUUGUCUGGUGAGCCAGCUCUUUCAUCUGAAGCUUGGUUUAGUGGUGACAACAAAGAAGUUGGUCGUGUUAGUCUGGAUCCCAGCAAACAGCCAUCUCCUGCUCCAGCUGUUGCUCAUGCAGAUACAAAGAAGAGUCGAGUGGACAAAGAAACGGUUACAUCAGCAGCAAAGUCUGUGUCUCGUGAGUCAACUCCGACUGAAGCUGCUAAUCAGAUGGAAGACACAGAGAAAGAGCAGAGUCCGGUUGAAGUUUUAGGUCGUGUUCCUGUCAUACGGAGUGUGGCUGGUGUUCGAACGUCUCGAUUUAGACACACAAACUCAAAGGUUCUUCAUCCUCGCAAUCACAUUGAGGGAAUCACAGCAGUCGGUGUUAGCAUUCCGAGUGACUGCAACGUUUUUCACAGUAAUGAUGUGAGAGCUGCAUUUCCACUUACUGGACCAGGAGGACAGAUCGCAGUCGUAGAGUUGAAGGAAACAGGCCGUUUGCCGUUAUCAAUUCCCUUUCUUCAAAACACAGCAACCGUGAUGGACUUCUGCAUCGACCCAUUUGACAGGAAUGUUGUCACUAUUGCUGGUGAUGAUGGGAAGGUGAAGGUGUUUAGAGUUCCGGACGGAGGAUUGACAGAUAUUGUGAAAACGCCAGAAAUUGUGUUGCAAGGUCAUUACGAGAAGGUCAACAUCAUUCAGUAUCAUCCUCUAGCACAGAAUGUAUUAGCAACAGCCGGAUUUGACAUGGCACUAAUAAUCUGGGACGUGGCAACAGGAGCAGAGAAAAUCAGACUUGAAGGACAUGAAGAACAGAUUUUUGCAAUGGCUUGGAGUCCUGAUGGUCAAAGACUAGUGACGUACAGUCGAGACAAGAAGUUGAGGCUCUUUGAGCCAAGAAGUCAGACAAAACCGUUACAAGAAGGAAUCGGCCCGGACGGCAGUCGUGGUGGUCGUCUAGUCUUUGUUACCAACACAAUACUACUGGUUUCUGGCUCAGACAAGCAGAGUUGCAGACAGUUGAGCCUCUACAACACCGAGGAUCUCGCAGCUGGUCCAAUCACAGUGAAGAACAUCGACGUUGCACCAUCCCUGCUAAUCCCACAUUUUGAUCCUGACACCAAUGUAGUGUUCCUGUCAGCAAAGGGAGAUUGCAACAUUCGAGCGUUUGAGGUCUGUGUGAAUGAAGCUCCAUACUUUCUUGACAUCAAUUCCUUCACUACAACAAUGCCACAGCAGGGUGUUGUGUUUCUUCCUAAACAUAUGUGCAAUGUACGAGAGGUUGAGUAUGCGAGAGCUCUGAGGCUGACGAAAGCAGUGAUCGAGCCGGUGGAGUUUAAAGUUCCUCGCAGCAGGCCCCAAUACUUUCAAGAUGACAUAUUUCCAGAUACGACCGUCUACUGCCAGCCGGCUCUCUCGUCUUCAGAAUGGUUCGCUGGCAAAAACGGCGAAUGUAGACAAGUCUGUCUAAAACCAGAUGGAAUGAAACCGUUGAGUGAAGCACCAAAAGAGGCUCCUGCAGCAAAGAAGUAUGGAAUACCUGCUGAUGAGCCUCGAUUUAAGACUGACCAGGAGAAGAAAGAGGAGUUGAUGUCUGCAAUGGUUGGACGAAUGGCCGAGAGUGAAGAUCCUCUACCUCAAGACGAAAUGGAAGGCGUCGAUGAAGACGAAUGGGAUGAUUAACUGUUUUUAAUAUUGAACUAAAAAUAGUCUUCGGACGUGACGUCAUCUCAACUAAGCAUGUGUUAGUCACGUGUAGCUUCAUAUAGUCAUUGUGCUUACCAGUGAAAGCGUCGUCUCUUCUAUGGACG